UUACCAAUAUAUAUUUAUUUAAACAUUUAAUGGAAUAUUGUUUUUUCCAAAUUGAGGAUUGGAAGCAGUAAUCUCUCAAAUUUGCUAUUCAACGAAGAAAAUGGCUGCCCAUAUGUUAUGCACCAGCUACUCAUCCUUGUCGAUCCAUGGCGAUAACAAAUCUCCGCUGCCAUCACCACACAACCUUGUAGAAAAUGUUAGUCGGUAUCCUUCACGGCGCGCCGCCGGGAAAUUAUCGGUGCAGUGCUCGAAAAAUCAGCCCCAGAUUUUGAGGACUUGCAAGCACUGCAAAAUCCAGUUCGAUCCUCUGCAAAACCAUCCCCGCGCUUGUCGUUUUCAUUCCGCUCAUUUCGGAGGAGAAACCAAGAGAAAGUUUGAGAGUGUAUACAAGGGUGGCACCAUGCAUACCCCUGAUUCAGGAAAGGUUUACCAAUAUUGGCACUGCUGUGGCUCUGAAGAUCCCUUUGAUCCCGGAUGCACUGCGGCACCUCACUCUUCAUAUGACGACUGAAUAUGCAAAGGUCUGGAUGCUAAAUCUUGAGAUAUACUGUGAUUUUUCUCAUCCUGUAUCUGCAUUUACUUUAAUAUGUUCUUGUUACCUAUACUCUCAAAAUGUAAAGCAUUUUCUUAUAUCAAUAGAAACACGAAUCAUAGCCUUUUCAUGUG